GUGCUUAUUAUAUCUGCUGUCAACGUCAAAGGUCGCCCAGGCCAAAGUCAAAAGUUCAGAAGUAUUUCCCUUCUCGAGUUUGGAUUUAAUCUAGCACGCCAUGCCUUGUUCAUUGUCAAAGGCACUUCCUCGACAUGGCAAAACUUCAAGAGACAUCCGAUGACGAUGACGAGCCUCGGGCCGCUUCGUGGCAGCAGCAUCGCCAGCAGCAUACGAUUUCGCCCAGGACUAGGGUUCGGACAUGAUACACCCAGAGAGAAAGCCGACUCGGUUAACAACAUCGACGAUGCGGCAGCCUUCGUACGUAGUGUUUUCCUCGAUAUGUGGGCUGGGCCAUUGGUGCUGCCACUACGGUACCGCCGCAACCACCACUACCACCACUGGUACUUCUAG